ACGCCCCGUCGACGAUCCAGAACAGCAUGGGGAUCCCGUCGCGGCACCCGGACCACGAGGAGCUGGAGGAGUACGACGACGCCGUGUUCUACGAGGACAUCCAGGCGCCCAAGUUCGUGGACCUCACCGCGCCCGACGCCGGCCGCCCCGACGACGACCCCGCCUGGUUCUGCCUCCGCGUCGGUUGUGACCAGAGCCAUGAGCAGGUCGACCCGGAGGCCCUGGACCGGAGCUUCUUCAUGCGGGUCAUGGCGGCCAGAAGCCCCAACGUGCGGCUGCAGAAAGCGAUCAGCAGGACAAAUCAGAGCUCGAUGCUGAAAUGCCCUCAUUCCGCGCCGCCGAAGCCUCCGAGAGCCCGGUUCGCGAGGCUGAGCGCGGGGACGGAGGCCGCCGACAAGGCAGCGGCGAAGCCAAAGCCAAGGGUCCAGCGGAUGUGCGCCCUGCGAGCGUCCCCGACCCGGACCAAGGCCGCGAGGGUCGAAGCUCCCAGCGCGAGGAAGAAGGCACUGACGACGCCGCGGAGCAAGACUGUCCGGCCGAGGCAGGAGCCCUUCCUCAGCGUGAAGCACCAAAAGGGGCCGGUCGAUGGGACGGCGAGAAAGGGAACGGUCGUCAAGGCUCUGUUCAUGAGCACGCCAAAGAAGGAGACUGCCCGGACGCCGGCCGCAGACAAGAGCAAGAGCAAGGAGGCGGUGUCCAAGGUCUGUUCCAAGCUGAGGAAGCUGAACUUGGCGUGCAGGGAGGUGCCGAGCAGGUACAUGUGUCAGCUGACGAAUCCGAAGGCUGCCAAGAAGGCUGAAGAAACCGUGGCGGCGAAGAUCGCAAAGAGGGGGCAAGAAUCCAGGAAGAAUGUCAAGAAGAAAAUUUUAGGACGCUCGGUGAAGUGUGCUAAUGCUGAAGCUGAUGAAGAGAAUAGAAAUGGUUGUGCUAACACUGUUGCCGAUGAGAACUCACGUACAGAAACUGCAAGCUCCAAUGAGCAACGGAAGGGGGUGCUGCAGGAAUUGAGAAUUGAGGCAGAUCCAUCGCGUGCUGACGAUGACAACAAGGAGAAUGUGUCAAAUGCUCACCAGGCGGUUGAAGAAGCCUCGAGCAAUUCAUAUUCUGAAGAUGAAAACAGACCGUUGGAGAACAACGAGAAUGUUCCUCUGAAGGUACGUGAACUGAUGGUACCGAAGAACGCAGCUUUUAUCAGUAGUCAGGAUGCAACGAACUUGACUUGUUUUGUGGGUCAAAUGAAGGUGGCUAAAAUGCAGAACAAAGUGCAUCCACAGCAAGCAGCAAAACUCAAGAAAACUACUACUAAUCCUAGGCCAUUCAGGCUGAGGACUGAUGAAAGAGGAGUUCAGAAAGAAGCAAAACCAGAAAAAAGGCAGCCCUUUGCCGAGAAAAACUCCAUGGUAGUACUCAAGGAUGCAAAUAGAGGAGUGAUGCCAACGGACAAAUACACCAAAGGAAAGGGACGAGACAAGCCGUUCUAUGGCGACAAACAGAAGAAACAAAGUAUACAGAACGCUAUGGGUGAGGCCAAGCCGGCCUUCAACAGCAUCCGGUGCAAUAACACUAGGCCUGCAGUGACGAAAGGCAAAGUUGUUGAUAAACCACAGAGAGCCGCUAAGGUUGCAUCAACAUCAAGAACAGCCAAGACAGCAAGUGGUCUCAUGGCGCCUACUCAGAUUGGAAAUGGUAGGAAGACUUCAGUGAAGCCAUCAAGACUCCAAGCAGCUGCUGCUUGAGCGAGUGGCGAUCGAUCAUGGAGGAAAUGGGGAAAGUGUGACAAAGGUUUAUUGUCUGCUCCAACAAUGAGUUGUAUUUACCACUUCGGAUUAGUUUUCGUUAACAGUUCACAGCAGGAAGGAUGUGAGCAGUUCUUUCUGCAACCUUUUGUGGUGAAUUUCCACUGCUGUGUACCCCACCACAAUAUUCUUUCUGUAACCCUGUUCGGGAAUCGAUUCUUUCUGUAACCUGUAAGUUAAACUGGGGAAAGGAGGCCCAGCCCAUGAGGCGUUUUAAUCUAUCCGUGGACUUGAGCCA